AUGGCGAUGAUGAUGACUGGCCGUGUGCUGCUGGUGUGUGCCCUCUGCGUGCUGUGGUGCGGUGCCGGCGGCGGUGGCUGUGAUGAGACACCGCAGGCUUCGUCUUCUGGCUCUGGUGACGGCACGGUUGUUGGUACUGAUGCUGGCCAAAGUGGUGAGGCUGGCAAUUCUGUCGCAGAAGAAACUGUUGUGAGAGAGGGGGAUGUUCAAACGAGUGUCGUUCAUACUCCUGGAAGUGAGGGCCAACAGCCGCAGGAAAAUGUUCCGGGUGAACCGGGAGGAGUCGAAAAUACAAACAAUGUAAAUUCGCCGGCAGAGAAAGGAACAGGAGCAACAGCAACUCCUCCUCCUCCAGUAGGACAAGGACCAGCAACUCCACCAGAAGAAACGAAUAAUUUGACGAAGUCAACGAAUCCCGAUGUAUCAGCAACCCUCGGUACGACGACAGGACUAGAAUCAGCGCAGCAGUCACAAUCGCCGGCGGGUGAAGAACCAACAGCGACAGGCGACAGUUCGCCAGGGCCACAAACGGCAGCCGCAUCAGAUGCCACGCGGAGCACACCAGCAGGGGGUGACGCUGAGCCAACAUCCCCAUCCCCAGGCGGCCAGGCUGCUGCCAGUGGUCCGGGUGAAAACUCCGCAGCGGAGGGGACUCCCAACGGCACCCCGCCGCCUGCUGCCGCGGUGACGCACGAGGACAAUACCAACACCACCGACACGGCCACCAGCGAGGGAAAUUCUAGGGCGGCAGGCAUGCCAGCUCCUCUUUCCUCCGCGCCCCCAACAAAAGCUCUGGAGAGCAGUGUGGGAAGUGACGCCUGCCUCCAUGACAUCCGUCUGCAUGCCCCGCUGCUGCUCUUUCUGGCUGCGCUGGCGUACACCACUCUGGGCUGA